UUGAGUACAGCUGAAAUUUACCAAGGAGAAAAUACGGAUUUUGCAAAAUUGAUAAGGAGCAGAAAAAGGGUACCAAAAACCAAUUGCAUCUGCCAUCGAUCUUCUAGGAUAUUUCCAAGUCGUCUCAGCGUUUGUUCGCUUUCGGCAAAUUUUUCAAUUUGUAUGUGUGUUGUGUGGAAAAUCGACAUCAGAUGCAAAAACUUUCCAAGCGAUUUGCUAAUGGAUUUCGUGGCUGCAGUGAAAUAUUCGAAAAGUUAAAAAGUGUAUUUACUAGCUAGUGUUGGAAGGAAGGAAGGCGUGGUGGACGUUACAGAUUUUCAUUAAAUCGAUGAGUACUACACGUAGUCCUAGUGAUUGGGAAUUUUCCAAGAAAUCUCAUCUUCCAGUGAGCUUUAUCAGAAUAAUUAUUUAUAUAUAGAUAAAAAUUAAAUAAAAUACAAGAAGCAUCAGUAGCGCUAAUCGUUGAAACGCGGUGGAGCAGCUGAAGCAGCACCAGCCGCAAAGGCAGGAACGACUUUUUUAUAAAAGGCAUCGAUCAAAGAUUAUGGAUCACAAGAAAUCUCCUGUAAGAAGACAGAAGCGACAAUCGAAAGCGAUCGAGGAAAAUUUCUGGGACUGCAGCGUCUGUACGUACAGAAAUACAGCUGAGGCAUUUAAAUGCCGAAUGUGCGACGUGCGGAAAGGAACCUCCACACGUAAGCCACGCUUAAAUUCAGCUCUCGUCGCACAACAAGCUGCCACCUUGCCAGGCGCAUCAGGCACCAUGCCAAACGGCACAAAAUCUGCAUCAGGCUCACGACAUGGAGCGGGACAUGAGAAGAGCAAACACAAAAAGUAUCCAGCUCGUUUGAAGAAUGUCGAUCGUUCGACAGCUCAAACGCGUGAAGUCACUGUGAAUUCGGUGACAGUGUUCAUUACAGAAUAUAAACCCAAGCCUGUGGGCAGCCGAAGGGAAUCCAGUGAACAGAGUUUUAGCGAAAGCAAUGAUUCACGGAGUUAAAUUUGUGAAGUACAUACAUAUGUACAUAAAUGCAAAUGUAUGGGCUAACUAUGAAAUAUGGCAAAAAUUAAAUUCAAAUAGUAAAGAUAUUAUUGUAUUUUAUUAGAUAAGUUUAUAAAAACAUUGGAUACAGUAAAUGUAAUUAGGCAAAAUACAAUUUUAGCUAACCAAGGAGACGAAUAAUUAAUAUAUAUGUAAUAACUGCAAAUAGGUUUUUUUUUGCAAAUACGUUUGAAAAUGACUGUUUGCCGGGGACUACAUAUUACUCACUAUUGGAACGUGCCGUCAAGUCGGAGUAUUGUAAUAUAUUGUUUAUUUUUUUGUACACCAAUAAUUUUCAGUUCUGAUCUUGCAGCGUGCAAAUAAGGGAAUCUUAUUUUUGAUUUAGCACAGCCUAAUAGGAGAGGGCUAACACCUCAUAAGAAUCGCAAAAUACUGUGCAACAACACUGCCUUCAGUUUUCAGACUAGACAUUAUAUAGCCAGGAAUUUUUACAUUCAUAAAGCAUAUAAAUAAAAUAAAUAAACAUAUUGCAAAUAAGUGCACAGAACAAAGCGUACAUACAUACAUAGAUGAUACUAUCACAAAAACUUCUUAAUAAAAGCAAAGCAUAAAUAAGUGACCAGCAACUCAUGUUGCGCUCCACAAAUUCAAAACAAUAGACGAUUCCUCACCGGCUGAACCCGAUAAAUUCUGCUACUGCGACCAAUACAUUUUAAGAGCACGUAAUUCUUUAUAUGGUUGAGGGUUCAAGUGGGUUGCAUGAUAUACUGUAAAAAAAAAACUACUAUACUUUGUUAAAUCCUUAAACGAUAUGUAUUUGCAUCUGUAAACGCUAAUUUUCCGGUACAUAUGUACAUACAUAUAUAAUGUCAGAUGAAAUUAGAAAAACCGAAGCAAAUCAAUUUUAUCUUUAGACGAUAUGUUUUGAUUUUUAUACAUAUGUGUAAAAAGUAACGUUUACACAUGCAAAUACAUAGCAAUUUUAGCAGUUUUAAAUUAAUUCUUGUAAAGUUAGGCUUACAGUUUAUAAAAAAACAAAAGCAUGUAGAAAAGCUAGUAUUCCACAUGUAUAAGUUUAUUUUGUAUUGAGUUCAUAAUAAUUCAUACAAAAAUAUGUGUAAAUUUUCUGUAUAAGUGUACUAUCAAUUAUUUAAUACUAAGUUGUUAAAGCGAAACAAAACAGUUAUCACAAUCCCUGUGCAUAUUUGUAAAGCUAUUGUAAAUAAUGUAAGCUAAACUAGAUUUAUUUUGUUUGAACUUAAGAAAUAUCUAAUUAGUGUUGAAUAUGGAAAAUAAUUCAUCUGUGCUACUUAUUGGUUGGAAGCAUGUUUUCUUAUAAUACUAUUUCAUCUGUAAAACACUACAAAUUAGUCAUAAAAAGUAUGUAAACCCCUUCUUUAGGUCAUCAGAAAGGUUUCAAUGCUUAUCUCUCCGAAUAACAACGUUAAAUAUCCUUUCUGAAAAUGCGUAGAGCCGCACUAAAUUCAUUUCUUCUUCAAAAUUAUGUUAACGCUAUCCUUUAAGAACUCUGAGCAAAAAAUUAUGUAAUAUAGAAGUAGAAAAUGUAUUUCACUGUAACACUUGUACUUCACAUACAAUAUAUUAAAAAAAAAAAAUAUGCAACAUUUUGGUCAUUUGAUCCAAACAAAAUUGCCGAAUGAAAAAUAUUGGGCGAUACAUUUUUAUGUAUCUAUGAAUAAAAAUUACUAUAGUUGAAUAUUUCUCCUGCAAUAAUUUCGACGAAUAUCUCAUAUAAACAAAGUAAACAUUCAUUCAUAAUAACUUCAGAAAAUGUUAAAUUUUUUAUGGCUGUCUUAAACACAUUUAUGCAAAGCAUCAGUCUCUUUUUUGUUUCCAAUUCAUGUCUUAUAUCUAAUGUUGAAUAAAGUUGCGCAAAUUUGAUACUUUCGUUCUCUGUGGAUCAGAAAUAAAAGCGACUGAAAGCAAUUACAUUACAAAAACAUGAUAAUUUUCUUUUAACAAAAAAGACUGAUUAUUCAUAUGAAAUACAAAUGAAAAUAUUAAGUUUUUGUUUUAAGACAUUGUUAUGUAACUCAAGCACGUCAGUGUGUUAUUUUUAAAUCCCAUUUUCACUAUUUUGUUUUUUGGCAAUUAUUGAAUUUAUAAAAUUUGCGUAGAUAAGCAAUUUUUCAAAAUUUGUAUUGUAUUAAGAAAAUUAGUAUUAUUAUUUUGGCACAGUGAUUGCAAAGCUAAUGCAUGUUAAUUAUAUUUUUGAAAUAUACUAUAUUUACAUAUUUUUUCCAACUUAACUUUUGUAAUCUAAUGAUUAUCUCCUUAAAUGAGCGUUUAGUUAAUGGCGACUAAUUUAAAUAUAUUUUUUUCAAUUAGUUAAUAAUUUGUUUUAAAGUGCAAAAGUUAGAUGUACAUACAUACAUGUAGUUCAUACAAACAUACCUUAAAAAAUUCGUUUGCUUAGUUUGUAUGACAAAAUUUCGAAAUAACGAUUACUUUGUACUAACAACAGUAGCGUCAAGCGAAGCGUAACUCUUUUAAACUAACAUAACUAUGUACAUAUUAUGCAAUAUUUAAGUGCUGCACUUUUUUAAAAUUGUAAGAAAAACCUUCGAAUGUAUGUACCUAAUUGUUGCCCGCUUUUUCUUUAAAUUUCAAAGAAAUUUGUUCGAGUAGCUUUGCGACGCAAGUAAAUUAUGGGCGAAUCAGACAUUUUUCAAUAGAAAAUUAUAAUGUGGCGCUACAAUUAACUUACGUUUUUUGUAAAUUAUUUAGGUGAUUCCGUUAAACUCGAAGAAAUUGCCAAAUGUGAAAAUUGACAUAGAAAUGUUGGCAGUGCAAUAUAUUGAUGCUUUUUCUAGUUUAAGGGAACACUCCUAUUACUUUUUGAUAUACGCUCAGAAAAAAUUAAAAUUGAUUUUGUUUAAAUUAUGUUCUUUAGUGAAUAAUCUUAGUUUAAUUUCGUGCUCCCUUAGCAGAAAGGAAAUACACUCCAUAAACACAACGAACAAGCGCCGUUACCGAUGGUGUGAAGAAAUAGUGAACUUUUUUACAAUCUCGCACGCAUGCACCUACAUAGGUAUUUGUGUUUUUUAAAUGCAUUUAUGUAGAUGCAUGUGUGCGUGUUAUAGAAAUUUUUGUAUUGACAUUUUUCUAAUAAAAAUUUUGCCUUUUCAAAUAUAGCAUUAAGUUUUGUAAAACAAUAAAAUCAACAUUUUGUAUCAAACCGAUAUUAAAGCCUACACACUGACUGUGUGUGUGUAUGAUAAGUAAUAGUAGAAUACCAACCAAAAUAAAUAUUAUAUAAAUUACAAUAGACAGCAAAGGCAAUGGUAAAAUUGCAGAUUUCAACACAUAAUAUACAUACUUUAAUACAAAUGAUUUAAAAAAUGUAGAUAUCGGCAAUAUUAGGCUUUGCACGGCCUAAACAUGAGCUUUGGUCCUAUGCCAACUAUUUAUUACAUAUGUAGAAAAUUCUCAAUUUCUUCUGAACUGUAACUCGGAUUUCUAAAUGCCGCCAUCGAAAGAGUUCAGCUACUCAUGUAUUUGUCACUUAAUGCUAAAUAUAAAAUACAUCUUUCUCUUACACACAUACAUACAUAUUUAAACAUAAACUGUUCAAAUCACAUCUAUUGGUAAUUGUCCUUCGCACUCGCACAUUUCUCUUGGUGAAAUUUAGGCAGACAGGAAAAUAAAUUUUCGCAGGCGUUAACAAAAAAAAAAAUACAUUUUAUAUAUAAAAAUACAGUUAGUAAACAAAUUAAGUUUUUAUGAAAUCAGAAAAAAAAAUUAAUAGAACAAAAACUUUUGCAACUAGCUCAAAUUCAUUUUACACAUUUGUGGUGGUAAUUGACAUAAUUUGAGUUUGUUCAUUUUGACAUCAUUAUACUUUUAAGUUAGCAUUAAUAUAAUUAAUACAACCAACAGUUACUGAAAGAAAAUGUUUCCGGCAUUUACACCAUAAUUUCAUAA